CCAAGGAAACAGUCAGGUGACCUCAAAAGGAGCAGCACUCACACGAGGCUGCUUUGUUUAUGAGUGUGAGACUGUGACUUGGUGACUUUAGGCUCAGACGAAGAACACGGCAGUUAAAUGCUAAAUGACAUGUCCACAGAACAGACAGAACUCAUGCAGACCCCCUUGCUGAAAAUCUGGGUGCCUGGAGCUGGAGGGUCACUGAACCAGAGGAGAGGCUCAUCACGACCCCAGUUUACAAACUCUCCAACCAUGAUUGUAAUGGUGGGGCUGCCUGCCAGAGGAAAGACUUAUAUCUCCAGGAAGCUUACACGUUAUCUCAACUGGAUUGGAGUCCCAACUCAAGUCUUUAAUUUGGGGCAGUACAGAAGAGAAGCAGUCAAGAUUUACAAAAACUAUGAAUUCUUCCACCCAGAUAAUGAAGAGGCUAUGAAGAUCCGCAGGGCUUGUGUUUUAAAGGCCCUCAAGGACAUUGCCAACUACUUCACUAAGGAACAGGGACAAGUAGCAGUGAUGACCGCGCCCUAUUUAAGGAGGGAGAGCGAGAGCAGAGGGAGCUCUUCCCCGAACCAGACGCCGGUUGUGGGUGAUAAACGCUGGUAUUUGAUGCCACUAACACCACAAAGGAGAGGAGAGAAAUCAUUACCAGCUUUGCCAAGGAGAGGGGCUACAAGGCAGGUGUUUUUUAUUGAGUCGAUUUGUGAUGACCCUGAAAUUAUUGAGGCAAAUAUAAUGGAAGUAAAACUGAGUAGCCCGGACUAUAAGAACUGCGACAAAGACGAGGUGGUGGAGGAUUUUCUGAAGCGCAUUGAAUGCUACAAGAUGACUUACGUUACCCUUGAUGAUGAAAACGACAGGAAUAUGUCCUACAUUAAGAUCUUCAACGUGGGCACCAGAUACCUAGUGAACAAAGUGCAGGACCAUAUCCAGAGCCGUAUAGUGUACUACCUCAUGAACAUCCAUAUCACACCACGCUCCAUCUACCUCAGCAGGCACGGGGAGAGUGAACUGAACCUGCUGGGCCGCAUCGGAGGAGACUCUGGCCUUUCUUCACAAGGCAAAAGGUAUGCGAGUGCUCUAUCAGAGUUCAUCAGAAAUCAGGUCAUAAAGGACCUAAAGGUGUGGACAAGUCACUUUAAAAGGACCAUACAGACAGCUGAGGCUCUGGGGGUCCCUUAUGAGCAGUGGAAAGCCCUGAAUGAGAUCAAUGCUGGUGUGUGUGAGGAGAUGACUUAUGAAGAGAUCCAGGAGAACUACCCCGAGGAGUUUGCGAUGAGAGACCAAGACAAGUAUCGAUACAGAUAUCCCAAAGGAGAGUCUUACGAAGACUUGGUGCAUCGUCUGGAGCCAGUCAUCAUGGAGCUGGAGAGACAGGAGAAUGUGCUGGUUAUCUGCCACCAAGCUGUCAUGCGUUGUCUGCUGGCCUACUUUCUGGACAAAAGUGCAGAUGAGCUUCCGUACCUUAAAUGUCCCCUCCAUACAGUACUCAAACUAACACCAGUGGCCUACGGUCGGUAUCAGAAGCCCUGCUUUAUACUAUUUCAUAAAUUCAUAACAAUUUUGCUGAUUUUUGUUCAUGCUUUUUAUUUACAUAUAGGAUGCAAAGUGGAAUCUAUUUAUCUAAACAUCCAAGCAGUGAACACACACAGAGAAAAACCGGCGAAUGUGGAUGUGACAAGACAGCCAGAAGAAGCACUUCACACUGUUCCAGAACAUUACUAACACAGCUUAUACAACACAUCCACACAAAAGAGGUGAUAUUCAGUAUAACAGCUCCGGUACUUAUUCGCUGUUUAUAUCACUCUGCUUCUCUUUACUUGCUCCAUAAAAUUCAGUUUCUAAAUAUAAUUCAUUACACUGCAACUGUUAUAACAUGUUAUGGAUUGUCAGACAUUCUAUGCCGUACACUGCAACACACAACGCUCGAUCCAGUCGUGGCUUCUUCUGAAACGAGUUUCAUUGAUGGAGGAAAAAUAAAAUAUUUGACUCUA